ACAAGAAAGUGUUACGCAUGUCACUGAUUUGCUCAAUAUGUCUCAACCGAUUGGAGAAGCCUCGCUCGCUGCCCUGUUUUCACACGUUCUGUGAGCAGUGCCUUAGGAACUACCUUUUGAACGCUCCCCAGAAACCGGAUGCGACGAAAAGCGGCAUUCCGUGCCCCACGUGCAAAGUGCCGACAUUUGCACCGAAGAAAGCACUCCCGGUUGAAGACUGGGCGGCCUGUUUUCCGGUCAACCAUCUUGUCGGAACUCUAAUUGACAUAGUUCCAGUGAGCGCAAGGCUAGAGUUCUGCGAGCCAUGCAAGCUUAACAAGGCGUCGAAAAUCGCCAUGUCAUGGUGUCAGCAGUGCAACGAGGCGCUAUGUGAAGAUUGCACAAAGUGUCAUAAGUCAAUGAAGGCGACAAGCGCGCAUGAGAUUUCCGGGCUGGAAAACGUCCGGAGUAAUCCGCAGCCAUCUGUCAAAGAGGAGGUCAUGUGCCGCGAACAUGGAAAGAAAGAAGUGGAUAUGUAUUGCAAGGAUCACGAGGAACCCGGAUGUGGUGUGUGCAUGGCGUCCGAUCACCGAAAGUGCGAACAUGUCAUGCAGAUUGAAGAGGUAAUCAAGAAGCAGUCACUGACUGACCAAUCUGAGCUUAUCAAACGCAUGGAUAAUUUGAUCUCGAAUGCAGACAUCCUUAAAAAAGAGAGACAGGACGUAAUGCGCGGGACAAUGGCCCAGAAGACAAGAAUGCUUAAAGAAAUAGCGGACACGAAAAAGAGGCUUUUAGACCAUAUUGAAAAGAUUGAAUCUCAAAUUUUGUCGAAAUUCAACGUUAUUUGCCAGACAGACUUCGCCAUCAUUCAAGAACAGAUUGAUUACUGUAACAGCGUCCAAAGCGCCAUGCACCACGCAAAAACGGACAUCGCGACCGCCAAGGAACAAAACCUAAAGAAGCGGGAAUUCAUUGUUACGCAGCAGAUACAAAAGAAGUACGAGGAAUGCACGGAGGGUAUCGAAAAGAUCAAGGAAAACUCGGCGAGAAUCAAUUACGCUUUUGCUGAAGACCGACAAGUUGCUGAAACGCUGGGAGCCCUUAAGGUAUUGGGACACCUUGAUAUCAAACACUUUUAUCCGAAUCGGAAGGUGGAAGCUCCUCCUCCGCCGCCGCCACCCAAGACACCGGAAGACGACGAAAAGAAGGUUACCAAGAAAGUGAAAACCUUCAACGCCAAAGUCAAGGGUGACAAACGCGAAUGCAAAAUAACGGCCAUUAAUCUGUGGAAUGACAAACGGGUUUUAUUGGCCGAUAACGGGAACUCGCGCCUGAAACUCUUCGGCGAGUUCGGAGACUUAACCAGCUCGUUCGUGUGUGUGAACCCUCCCUGGGACUUUACCUUUAUUGACAAAGGGAAAUGCGCCGUAACGUUCCCUAACGAACGUAAAAUUCGAAUUUUCAAAGUACUCGACACGAUCACGGAAGCCGGGAGCGUUCAGACUCAACGCGGCUCCAACGGUAUCUGCAUGGCUGAAGACGACCUCGUGGUGACAUUUGGAAGCGGCUGCAUACGAAUUAUCUCCCUCGACGGCGUCGUUAAAAUGAUGGUCGACACCGACUACAUCGGUAAGAGGGUGUUUAGCAACCCGGAAUACGUCACGUUCAAUUCGGUGACGUCAACAGUAUUCGUCUCAGACUACAACAACCACUCCGUGACGGCUCUUCGAUACGAAACCGGGCGAGUGGACAAGACGCCCGUCUUCAUAUACCCGGUUUCUGGCCCGCGCGGCGUCGAGGUGGACAUCCACGGGAACCUGUACGUGUGCGGUUACUGGUCCAACGACAUCCACAAGGUGAAAGACAAGGGGGCGUUCCGACAGAUCCUCGUGGAUUCCCUUGCGAGGCCCAUGUGCAUCUCAUUCAACGACGAGGGCAGCAAGUUCGCUCUCGCGGAGCAGGGAAACCCGAACAACAUCAAGGUGUUCCGAGUGAUCGCCGCCUCGGAGGUCGAAGACAUGUAGAAGAUUGCUUUUUAACAGAACGCUUCUAUGUACAUUUGCUACAUCCAUUAAUGUUUCUUAAAGGUGUCUCCGAGUAUCCGAAUGCUUCAUUAUUUCUUAUUUUUCUAAUAUUAUGACCAAAUCUCUGUGUCUCUAUCACCUCUGACGUAAACAAAGUAAACAAAGUGCUCCUUAAAUUAACUUCAACUCAUAGUUAAUUUAUAGUUUAACUCUUUUGCUAUCCACACUUGUGUUAUAACAGAGAUGUCUAAGUGCAUAAUUAACAUUCAAUUAUUUCAUGUGCACCAAAUCACGUGUUUAUUUUA